AUGAACCUUCGUUCAUUUCCAGAGGAUUCAGAGAGACUUGCAUCUGUGACUUCUCUUGACCUAAAAGGAAAUCAUCUUCGCGGAAUUCCAGGUGUCAUCGGAAACUUUAGUGGGCUGAAGGAGCUCAAAGUGGAGAACAACGAGUUGAUAUCAAUCAGUCCCAUGAUUGGCAAUAUCGUUUCUCUUCUUGUCGUGAUGCUAGACAAUAAUUUGCUUAGUGAGCUUCCUGCUACCUUUGGCAGCUUAACUUUGCUUCAGAGGCUCUCUCUCAUGGACAAUCAACUUUCUGAGCUUCCGUCCUGUGUAAAGUCACUCACAAGGCUCCGGCGUUUGAAUGUGGAAAACAACUCG